AUGCCCCCCCGGUUUCCUGUUGAUAAUCCUCACUUCACGCUCGCCAAGACGGCCCCCAGGCUUCGACGGCUGACAGUGAAAUGCCACCUAGCCCUCGGGGCGCGAGUCCGUCGCCGAACCCGGCGUCUCAAAGCAGUCGGGAAAGAGCUCUACGAACACGCACUGCGCCCGCUCCUCCGGGAUCUCGGGUUGGUUCUUCCGCGCGCCACGAUUCAUUCGCUGCCGUACGAGACCCUGGCACACAUCUUCGCGCUUGGACGCGACCCGUCCCCGUGCAGAGCAUGUUCGCGAAAGCCAUGGCGGCUCAGGGAUGGCAAUCCGUGCGCAUGCAAACUGCCGUUCCCGCACCUUGUCUCCAGCGUAUGCUGCCAUUGGAGGACGAUCGCGCUGGCCAUGCCGCAGCUGUGGACGACCGUUCCUGUGACCCCGAAGGCGACCAUGAGCAUGAUGUCCGUAUACCUGAAGCGCUCACGCGGCCGGCCAAUCGACGUCAACAUCGUGAUACGACACCCCGACAACUUGCAUGAGACUGACGACCAUUACCCUGUUCUCCGGCAUCUGCUGCUCGAGCAUGCCGCGCGCUGGCGCCGCGUCUCGAUCAUAUGCGACAGGCCGCUUAUCGAGCCCUUUCUGCUCGCGCUGCUCAACCAGGUGCCGUUCCCCAUGCUCGAGGUCCUGGAGAUCGACUUUCCGAGCCUCCAUCCCUAUUUGUUGAUUAUGGAGGACGACUCAUGGCCGAAGCGCUUGCUUGCGAAAGGAGCGCCGCGUCUUCGUGAGGUCAGUAUCUUGCAGGCUUACCUGACGAAAUUCACGAUGAAGCCGCUGGCCUCUCUGGAGAAGCUCGAGCUCAUGACAUCAAACUGGGCCCUGCCGCACCUGAAGGUGAUAUCGGUUACGUCCCUGCGCCUCACGCACCUCACCUUGUUCUGCAAAUCCGAGUACUUGCCGACCUCCACCCAUGAAUUGGAAGCAUUCUCAGGACUCCUUUUCCCCUCUCUAACGCAUCUCCGUCUCCGGCACACAGUCUCCGGAAUACCGCUGUUGCGUAUAUUGGAGGCCCCCGAGCUGACAGUUCUACAGCUAGAAGACCUCCGCUUCAAGAGAAACGAAGAUGUCGUCGAGCUGCUGAAUGCGCUGCGCAUCGGUGGCGACCCUGAUGCCCCCUGCAAGUUUCCGUGCAUCUCUUCUUUGAGAUUCGAAAUCCCGCAGACGAAGACCGAAGGCUUGCCGGAGGUCUUCGGCGGCCACCUGUUAGAGUUCCUGCGAUUGUUCCCCGCAGUCGAGCACCUCGCGAUCCAAGGGUUCCGUACCGACGAGAUCGUGCGGUCUAUGACGAGCACGGAUCCUGCGGACGUCGUUCUCCCCCGACUGAAGCGCUUCGUGAUACUCGGGUAUCCUCACGCGGAACACUUAGACUCAGCGGGGACGCUCGUGCGAUGGCGCGCGGGCGCAGGGGCCCCCAUAGACCCCGUCUUCCUGAUUAUGUUCCCUGCGAGCAAUUUUCCACUGUACUCGAGCCACUACGGGCGGGGUAUGCUGCUAGAGUGGCAGUUUUCUCCGAAGCGCGCGUGGCUUUCCUUUGUAGCAAGCCGGCGAGCACGGAUGCCCUCAUACGACGGCGGGCUACAUGCAGGCGCAGAUUGGAUGCAGGACGAGCAGACGCGUAGGGGGCGGCUUGGGUUCUACGGUUCAUGUCCUCCGUUUAGCUGUCCUCUGGAAAAUGCUACCGAAAUGCCCGAGGAGGAUACGUGA